AUGAAUAAUUUAUUAAGGGAUCCAGUAUUUCGUCAAUUAUUAACAAAUAAUAAUGAAAAUAGUACUUUAGAACCAAUUAUUAAUCCACAACAACAAGUUUAUCAUAGUGAUUUGAAUGAUGUGAAGAAUGAAGAUAUUUCCAAGAUUGAUUUUAGUUUUUUGGAUACUUAUGUACCAUUAGUUGAUGAUAAUUUAAAUAAUUUAAAUCAUGUUAAUUUUGAUAUUGAUUUUAAUAAUUUUGAGAAUAAUGAAAAUAAUGAAAAUGAAAAUACUGUGAAUGAUUUGGAAGAUGGUUCUUUAACUGAAGAUUCUUAUACUCCAAGUGUUUUCAGUAAUGAUCAAGUUGAAUCUUCUGUUGGUUCAGUUAAGGAAUUUGGUGGUGAUAUUGAACAUGAUUAUAUGAGAAAGGUUGAUAUUUCAAAUGAAUCUUCAAAACAACAACAACCAUUAUCAUUACAACCUCAUCCAUCUCAUUUAGAACAACAAUCAAAACAAUUUCAUAAAUUUUAUACAUCAACUUUUAAUACAAAAGGUGAUUUAACUACAAAAACUUCAAUUUCAAAACCUUUAUUAACUUAUCAUAAAUGUCCAUUUUGUCAACGUCAAUUCAAAAAUAAAUCAUAUUUAUCACGUCAUUUGAAAAAACAUGAUUCUAUAAAAGAUUUUAAAUGUCCUUUUUUCAAUGAAUCAUCAUCAAAAUGUCAUCAUUUAAAUGGAGAAUUUUCAAGAAAGGAUACUUUUAAAGCUCAUUUGAAAAGUAUUCAUUUUAUUUAUCCAAUUGGUGUUGCUAAAAAUGAAAGAAAUUCUUCCACUGGUAGAUGUGCUGGAUGUUUUAAAGAAUUUGAAAAUAAUAAUAUUUGGUUAAGUGAACAUAUUGAAACUGAUGAAUGUACUGGAUUUGCUAAAUAUAAAUUAGAUCAAGAAGCUAAAAUAUGA